UGUCAUGGUUUCAAAUUUCCAUUUAUUUGGCUAAUUUAUUUUUCAUUUAUUUACAACUCACAUUCAAGGAGAAAGAAUAAAAACAUAAACAUUAAAAAAUGCCAUUGUUUAAUAAAAAGUUUGAAUCAAAAAUUAUUCCACCACGCACCGGCCGUUGCAAUACCGGUUUUCCCAUGGUCAACGAAGAUUUGGACGAUUAUAAACAUGUAUCCUUGAAUUUGGGUAACAAGGAGCUACGCUUUGCCGAUGGCAUAUGGAUUCAUUCUGCUCGAAAGGGAGAUGUCGAUGAAGUUGUGCGGCUAAAUCGCCGUAUUAAGUCACUGGAAGAGGAGAACAACAUGUCUGAUGUGAAAAUUGAAGUUUUACUGGAUUUAUUGGCAGAACAUGCAACCGUUAUCAAUGUCUUGAAAUCUAAUAAAUCUAAUUGAGGCAAAAUAUAGAUAGAAUACAUUUUUAUAUGUAUGUAAUAUAUGUAAAAUAACCGAAUAAAAAUAAAGUCCCUGAUCAAAUGUGA